CGGAGAGGGGAACUCACACUGCUUGCUCCAGGGAUUUUACCUCAGUUGGACUUGAGAUAAAACAAGAACUUGCAGUUAAUUUCUGAACAUGACCACUUAGAUCACUUAUCACUGCGAGUUGCCAGGGGCUUUAACACUGCUCUCAUGUUUUCAAGUGUUUUCACCCGCACCGGUUUUAAUGUGUUUCAUGUGUUUGCGCUCAACAGUGAGGUAGACUUAUUCGGGCAGAUUUUACCGGAGUGUCGGCGUGAGAUUUAUCCGGUGGAUGCAGCUGUCGGGGUCGGUGUCUGAGCCCUGCAGGAGCAGCCUGUCAUAGGGCAGCAUGGUCUCUCUGGUUCUUCACAAGUGGAUGGGGAAUAUUUCACCGGAGAUGCUGCUGUUGGUGCCGAUUUUGUGGUUUUUACCUCUGACUGGAGCGGCUCCUUCUCAGACUAACGAGCAGCUGGACACCGGGGUGGACUGGCUGAGUAAGUUUGGCUACCUCCCGCCCCCUGACCCAGUGACUGGUCAGCUUCAGACCAAGGAGGCUCUGACCAAGGCCAUCAAAGCCAUGCAGAAGUACGGAGGGCUGAAAGAGACCGGAGUCUUAGACCAAGCCACACUGGGUCUAAUGAAAACACCCAGAUGUUCCCUGCCAGAUGUUUCUGAGGCCGAGGGGACAAUGGGCCGCAUGAAACGAGACGUGAACCCCCAGAACAAAUGGAGUAAGAGGCAUCUAUCCUGGAGAGUGAGGACCUUCCCCAAGGACUCUGCUUUGCUGGGCAGGGACACAGUUCGAGCCCUGAUGUACUACGCCCUGAAGGUCUGGAGUGACAUUGCGCCGCUAAACUUCCACGAGGUGGCCGGCAGUGAUGCGGAUAUUCAAAUUGACUUCACUAAAGCCGACCACAACGAUGGAUACCCCUUUGACGGGCCGGGGGGCACCGUGGCACACGCAUUUUUCCCCGGGGAGAGGUUCACUGCUGGGGAUACACACUUUGACGAUGACGAGGCCUGGACUUUCAGAUCUCCAGAUACUCAUGGGAUGGAUCUGUUUGCGGUUGGUCAUGAGUUCGGUCACGCCAUCGGCCUGGUCCACACCUCAGCCAUAGAGUCCAUCAUGAGACCGUACUACCAGGGUCCUGUAGGAGAUCCUCUGAAAUACGACCUACCGUAUGAAGACAAGGUCCGCGUCUGGCAGCUCUACGGUGUCAGAGACUCUGUGUCUCACACAAACCGACCAGCCAACCCCUCCCAGACGGCUGAACCCCCUGUCCUGCUGGACCUCCCUGAAAACAGGUCCACGCUCCUGCUGACACGAGAUGCCCCAGACAGAUGUACCAGUCACUUCGAUGCGGUGGCCCAAAUUCGAGGGGAGGCCUUCUUUUUUAAAGGAAAGUACUUCUGGCGACUAACAAGAGAAAAGCACCUGGUGUCCCUGCGCCCUGCACAGAUUCAUCGCUUCUGGAGGGGCCUCCCUCAAAAUUUGGACAGUGUGGAUGCUGUGUAUGAGAGACCUGGGGACCACAAAAUAGUAUUUUUUAAAGGUCUAAAGUACUGGGUAUUUAAGGAUAAUAACGUAGAGGAGGGCUACCCUCGUCCAAUCAGUGACUUUGGCCUACCCUUGGAAGGAGUAGAUGCAGCCUUUGUUUGGCUACACAACGACAAAACCUACUUCUUCAAGGACAACUUCUACUGGCGCUACGAUGACCACGUGCGACGUAUGGACCUGGGCUACCCUAAAGACAGCUCGCUCUGGAAGGGGCUGCCACCCCAACUGGAUGAUGCCAUAAGGUGGUCUGAUGGCUCGUCCUAUUUCUUCAAGGGGAAGGAGUACUGGCGAGUGCCGAGCAGCGACAUGGAGGUGGAGGCAGGAUACCCCCGCUCAAUCGCCAAAGACUGGCUGCUGUGCACCGAGAUGCAGGCAGACUCUCCGGACACAGAGUCCAAAAGCACGGAGACGAGACUCAACGUGCAUCAGCCGGACCACGCAGAGAACGGAUUUGAGGUGUGCUCCUGCACCUCGGACUCCGCCUCGCCUUUGGGCGCCCUCCCCUCCCCAUCCCCCCUGUGGCUGCUGCCACCUCUCUGGACGCUCUCGCUGGCCCUCCGCUCUGAACUGCUAUGAUGCCAAAGCACGGGACAAGGUUCCUGAGCUGGGUGCAGAAAAACAGUCUGUUUUGUGGAGGGCCAGUGGAGACUCAUUCUGAAUACAAACUUGAACAUUUUGUUCUUCUAAAUAUCAAUUGGUACGUUUUGGUAUUACUUUUGCUGUUAUUUAUUUCACAUGCCAUUUGAUGGUCAUUUAAAGCGCCUUUUAGUAUGGGUAGUACAUACAGUUAUCAUAUAAUCAUACUAUAUCUAGUAGACAGCAAUCCACUGACAGAGACAAUGCUAGUACCUGCGCUCAACAACUUGAGUUACACAGAACCACUCUUAUUUAAAUCCUACACUGCUAUUGCUUCAUCGCAAGGAAGCUAAUCCAGUAGGAUUGUUCAGAAUCACUGUUUUCAUGUAGAGGAAGUUCACUGCGAUAUUGAAUGGCUACCUGGGAUGUGGAUUUCAAACAGCUGAGUAUCAUGAGGUGGUAAAAAGUGGACAGCUGAUAGAUUUAAAUGUUUACCUUUCAGGAAUAGUUGGACAAAAAAAUAUCCAUACUCUCACAUCUGUCUGAUUCAUAUUUAGCUAUCUCUUAGACAGUUAGCUUAGCUUAGCAAAAGCGCUUAAAUCAGUGAAGAAACAAGCAAACGAAAGGCAAAGACCUGCUACCAUGUUUGUUUCCUGUUAGCAGUCUUUAUGCUAAGCUAAGCUAACCAGGUACAUGGCUGUAGCCUUAUAUGUAUCUUAUAGAUAUGAGAAUUACAUUUAUUUUUUCUCAUCUAACUCUAAAAACAGAUAUGUCAAACCAUGUAUUUAAAUACUCACUGGCAAGUAGAACUUUCUACCAGGCUGUUUACAGCACUUUUCACCAAUCAAAUAAUCACGUUUAAGUUUAGGUUGGUUACAGGUAAUGUUACAGUUCUGCCCGAACCCUAUAGGGAGAAAUACACAGUAUUUUAACUCAGACUGACAGGACUAAACUGCCUGUAAAACUCAAACCAGGGUAAAGAAUGACAUCUGGGAUAAAGAUAAUAUAAUUGGUGACACACCAGCAUGUAUUGAGGCGACAAAUGAAAAGUACCCAGAAAUGCAGUGGAGAUAGUUUACAAGUUAAUGAUCCCAAGGGGUUUUGGCAGGAAGAGGAAAUAGAUGGCAUGCUGGGAUGUCGACAGGUAGAUGGAUAGCAUACUGUAAACAGGUAGAUAGGGGAAUACCAUGGAAUACAGCAACACAAAGAAAAAAAGAGCACCCUGUGCUAUGGGAAGUAGGAAAAUGCAGACUUCCUAUAAGACAGAACGUUAAAAGUGAAGAGUUUCUGUGUCGCUUCACGCCAUUAUCCUAGCGUACCUCCCUUACCUGUCUCCUAUGCUCUUUGAUGUACACUCCAUCAGAAGCAUUCCCUGCCAGCACAGAGGCAGUAUUAGUUUUGUUGUAUUUUUUGAAAUAAAUAUAGAGAGAUAGUGAUUCCAUAUUGCUUCAACCAGAGCUCCAUCUAAGAACGUCAUUAGCAAACCCCACCGGAUAGCAACUGGAUUUAUUCUUGCUGAUAUAUUUACCUACAAUUUAAAUAUAGACACAGAUUUAUUUGAGUUGAGACGUCCCGUGGUUACU